CGAAGAUUAGGCCAUUCGAACUCCUCAACCGAAAGGGGAAAGGAUCUCCAGCGCCGGCUCGCAGCAUUCCGACCGGUGAACGCUUAACCAGCGGUAAAGUUAUUUCGGAAGGAUUACAAUCUUGCCGAAGAAGAAGAUAGGAAGAGGACGGUUUGCAGAGGAAGAGAGAGAUGGGUAGGGAACAGAGAGAUGAAGGAGUAAUGGCCACAGACUUCUUCUGGUCAUACACAGACGAACCGCACGCUUCGAGAAGGCGUUGGAUUCUCUCUAAGUGCCCACAAAUCAAAGAGCUCUUCGGACCCAAUCCAUAGGCUUUCCUCAAGUUAUUUCGGAAGGAUUACAACCUUGCCGAAGAAGAAGAAGAAGAGAGGAAGAGGACGGUCUGCAGAGGAAGAGGGAGAUGGGUGGGGAACAGAGAGAUGGAGUAAUGGCAAUGGAUUUCUUCUGGUCAUACACAGAUGAACCGCAUGCUUCAAGAAGGCGUCAGAUUCUCUCUAAGUACCCACAAAUCAAAGAGCUCUUUGGACCCGAUCCAUGGGCUUUCCUCAAGAUUACUGUGGUUGUUUUGCUUCAGCUAUGGACUGCAAUUUUGCUCUCCAACUGUAGCUGGUUAAAGAUAUUAACAGUAGCCUAUUUUUUUGGGUCUUUUCUUAAUCACAAUCUCUUCUUAGCCAUCCAUGAGCUCAGUCACAACCUUGCCUUCUUGACCCCAACCUACAACCGUUGGCUAGGGAUUUUUGCAAACUUCCCCAUAGGUGUCCCCAUGUCUAUCACCUUCCAAAAAUACCACUUAGAACACCACCGCUUUCAAGGUGUCGAUGGUAUUGAUAUGGACAUCCCCAGCCAUGUUGAGGCUCAUCUUGUUACCAAUGUCUUCACCAAGUCAUUAUGGGUCAUCUUCCAGCUCUUCUUCUACGCUUUGCGGCCAAUCUUUCUCAAUCCAAAGCCCCCUGGUUCAUGGGAGUUCACUAACUUGGUGAUCCAGCUCACUCUCGACGCUGUGAUGGUGUAUUUCUGGGGUUGGAAGUCUUUUGGUUACAUGAUCCUCUCCACAUUUGUUGGAGGAGGGAUGCACCCAAUGGCAGGCCACUUCAUUUCAGAGCAUUAUGUUUUCAAUCCUGACCAGGAGACUUAUUCAUACUACGGACCUUUGAACCUGCUUACUUGGAGUGUUGGGUACCACAAUGAGCACCAUGAUUUCCCAAGGAUUCCUGGGAGCAAGCUCCACAAGGUGAAGGAAAUUGCGCCUGAGUUUUAUGAAGAUUUUAAGUCAUAUAGAUCUUGGAGCCAGGUAAUUUACAUGUACGUCAUGGACCGGACCGUAGGACCAUUUAGCAGGAUGAAGAGAAAAAGGUCCAAGAGUGAUGGUGCUGUCAAGAAAGAUAACUAGGUGUUCCCUUUAUUUGGUCUUUUUUUUUUCAUGUACUGUAUUUAGCCCCUGACCUCUGGGGGGUUUUUGCUUCCGGUAUUCAUUUUUCGUUGUAAUAUUCUUUGUAACGUUACAAUUUUACUAUCUGGUUUUAGACUGAGGAAUGGGCGAUGUUAAUUUUUGAUAAACAUUGUCCAACGAACCCUUUAAGUUGUCAUCUGAUGUACGAUUACACCGGUCAGAACGGACUGGGGUGUACAGAACACCGGUGGGUUCAUUCUUGAUUGAUUUUUAUUAGGCCUCGUUGGUUAUGUGGAGGUCAUUUAUACGUGUAUUUGGCCAAGUGCAUUUCUUUUUUGU